UAACCGUCGCCUGCUCUUCAAACGAGAGAAAUCUCUGAGCAGGGUGAUCGAGAACAUCCGGAACAAGUCGGCGGACGUCUCAUUUAACGCGCUGUAUUUCACGCGGGACAACCACGCGUUCGCGGACUACACCGCGUCGCUCCUGCAACCUGCCUGCAACAGCCCUACUGCCUGAUGGUUCGCCGUGGGGGUGACGCUGCUGGUGAUGGCCACCGCUUGGCGAGUGGCACAGCGCUGGCGACGACCCGCGGAAUCUCUGCCGCCCAAGGCGAGCGUCCACGACGGUGUCGGAGUAAUUGAAUGCGACUCCACAUGGGGUCGCGCUGUUUUGGACGCCGUCCAGACGUCCCUCACCGGCAUCUGCAGCCGCCCCGCGCGCACGUCCGCUCAGCGCCUGGUGCUCGCCGCCAUGUUGCUUUUCGCGACGGUGCUGGGCCACGCGUACUCGGGCCAGCUGUUGGGCUGCCUGGCGGCCGGCCACCUCCCGACCCACGGACCCGCUUUCCUUGGCGGAAGCCUCCCGUCUGCUCAGGAGCGUGUACAUCAGCAGCAGCCUCCGCGACGUGUUCGAACACUACGACCAAGCCGGCGUCCUGCGCGAUCUGAUAGGAAAGCUGAAAAUCAAGUCGUCCGACGAUAGAAACGAACGAAUUAACAGCAUUGCCACGCAUGGUUUGGACGGGUACUUCAUGACGGCGCAGCGGUACGAAGCUGUGGCUCGCAGCAAGAACUUGACGGCGGGCGGCGCAAGGGCCCUUUACCGCGUGCCCGAGUGCGUGCAUUGCCCCGGCCACUUGGCGUUCGUCGUGCCCAAGGGCUCUCCUUCCCGCGAAUCGCUUAACAGUUUCGUGUUGCGCGUGCUACAGGCGGGCUUGUAUGCCCAGUGGGCUCGGGCGCAGCGCCACCGCAUGGAGGCGAACGGGUUGACGGCACCGCGAGCCCCAAGCAGACCAAGGCGCUGGCUCUGGCGCAGUUGGCGUGGCCGUUGGCUCUGUUGCAGGCAGGGGUGUACGGAGCCGGCGCUGCGUGUUUGUUUGAAUUGUUGAUGGAACGUUGCCGACGCCGCUGCCGACAAAUUUAAAUGAAAUUUCUUCUUGGGGGAAUAAGACCAGGCGCGAUCACGACUCAAUUUGUGACCUUCAUUGUUUUGUAAAAGA